AUUGAAAACCGAAUUAGGAGAGCGUGAUCAGUCCUCUACAGACCACAGUGAAAUGAUGGAUGUCUGAUUUUUUUCCUUUUUCUUUUUUUCUGUGACAACCCCGCAAAAAGCCCUUGUAAUCUACCUUGAUUACUGAUGGCGGAGGCGUUGUGCUCCUAGCCAAAGCUGAUUGUUUCAUUCGCCCCAACCACUGGCCUCUUACACCCGGUCCUAGUUAUCCUAGAACCAGUGGCGCGCGCUCCUAGGCGCUACAGGACCUAAACCCGGCGGCCAAGCCCCUGAUAAUAUAUUGCAGCUUCGUUUGGAACACUCACACCCUCCUCUCCGAUUCCUAAACUGACUUAGAGGCCGAUGAUCUCAAGUCCACUCCUUUCCCCAAUGGAGGAGGAACCAUACCUGGAGAUUUACUUAGAUCAAUGCUUGAAUCAGGAUGAGCCUGCUUCUACCAGCUCUCAUCUCUUCAGCCCCAUUGGGCCAUAUGAUGCAUACUUGCAUAUAUCAUCUAAUCAAGAGACAUUAGCCUCUCAUCUUGAACCUUCUAAAGAUACUUCUGAUUUUUCAUCUGUGGACCUUAGCUUCCUACCAGAUGAACUUAACCAAGAAAAUAUAGAACAGACUUUCACAGAAGGGAAAGAAGGAGUAGAAGGAAACCAUGAAACACAAGGAGAUCCAUCUAGACUACAGGAACUAAGUGAGAAAAACAACAAUGACAUUUGCACACACAACCUCAGUUUGUCAAAUUCUGGUUUGCACCAGCUUUCAGAUGGAACUUCAACUCUUCCUUCUCCAGAGAACUCUAACUCCAGCUUUUUUCCUUUGACAUCCAUGACUCCUUUGACCCCAAUGACCCCUGUUUCAGAAGGCUCUGGAAUAGUUCCCCAGUUACAGAAUAUAGUAUCUACUGUAAACCUGGCUUGUAAAUUAGAUUUGAAGAAAAUAGCUUUGCAUGCUAAAAAUGCAGAAUAUAACCCAAAGAGAUUUGCUGCUGUGAUAAUGAGGAUCCGAGAACCCAGGACAACAGCACUCAUAUUUAGUUCUGGGAAAAUGGUCUGCACAGGAGCCAAAAGUGAAGAAUUGUCUCGCCUUGCAGCAAGGAAAUUUGCCCGGGUAGUACAAAAGCUUGGAUUUCCCGCCAGAUUUCUGGAUUUUAAAAUACAGAACAUGGUUGGAAGUUGUGAUGUGAGAUUUCCGAUCAGGCUGGAAAGCUUGGUCCUCACCCAUCAACAAUUCAGUAGUUAUGAACCUGAACUAUUUCCUGGCCUUGUUUAUAGAAUGGUUAAGCCAAGGAUUGUAUUGCUUAUCUUUGUAUCCGGAAAAGUGGUAUUAACAGGUGCCAAAGAACGUUCUGAAAUCUAUGAAGCAUUUGAAAACAUCUAUCCCAUUUUAAAGGGUUUUAAAAAAGCCUAAAUAUAAAUAGAAUGAGUUUGUAUGUGCAUAAAAGUAAUCCACUACAGUCAGAAUUUUCUAUUGUUAAAACCAGCAUUACACUGAACCAGUCUGCUAAUGUAUGAUUAUUCAAUGUGUACUUUCACUGUUACAUUAAAAUAUGCUGCUAUCUCAAUAACUAUGUCUUUUCUGAAACUCAAACCUUUCAAUCUUUUUCUAGGUUUGUUCAAAGUGCCUAAAUAAUGAAAUAAUAACUUUUUUAUAACAUCAAAAUAUUAUUUUUGUAUCUUAUUUUUUGAACUUAGAAAUAUAAAUUUACUUUUAAAAUAAAAUUUGUUGGGGAUAGCAGAUUUUUGAGAAGUUCAGGAAUGAUGUUUUCUAAUGUGAAAAACAAUUUCAAUGAGUUUGUCCUUUUUGUUGAAUAUGCAAUAAAUAUGCUAUAAAAAUAA